AUGGAACCGUCUCGGCCCAAGUUUACUGCUCUGUCGGCUGGUUUCUUGGUUGAACUGUUUUUGGGCUCCUCCCACUUUCUUUUGGGCUCCUUACACUUGCCAUAUCAACAGAGGAAUGAUGCCACUGAAGUUUGGCUGGACACUUUCGAAAGUUUCACUCUCGCACUGUCUUCCUUGCCUCCUUGCUGCACUGUUUUUGUUGGGGCUGACCUCAACCAACCUCUUUAUGUCGAUGUGGACUCCUUUCCUCCCGUUGCGCAACUCAGACUUCUCGCUGCUCGUUUUAUGUUGCGCUUCUCGGAUGAUGUGGGGGCCACCUGGCACGCACGGGGACUGGAAGCCCCCAUUGAUUUCAUCCUUUUCCGUCACCCCGGUAUGCUGGGGACCACCACCAAGCGUGACGAUCUCAGACUCGCUUUACCCUCGGAUCAUGACAUGAUUCAGGUGCACUUCUCGUUUUGUCGUAAAGCCCAGGGGAGAGUACGCUCUUCCUCCAACUGUGGUAGGUGGUGCUUUUCUCCGGAGAAGUGGGCGGCACAAUUUGAGGCGCUGCCCGAGGACCAUUCUGUCGAAGAUCUGGGGCGGGCAUUUGCUGAGGUCCGUUACCGCCAGCUUUCACUGAGGUAUCGGGAUUCUGAGGAUCUUAAGGAGCUCAUCAGACAACGCAAGGUGGCCUCAGACCCUGUGCUUAGGGCCUCCCUGGCGUUGGAGAUCACUCAACAAAGGUGCCUGGACCAGGAGACUCACCGCAAAUCCAUCCUGGAACGGGCUCGCUCGGGCGAUUUUGCGGCCAUCUCCUACCUGAGACGGAGUGCGUCUCAAACCAAGGUCGCUGGUUCCUAUAUCCAGGCUCAAGGCGGCCUUGAGAAGGCCGCCGCAGAACUGCAGGAUUUCUAUCACCUGAAGUAUGAUUCCGGGGGAGUCGGUGCGGAUCCGGGUAAAGUCGCGGCCGUGCGGAACCGCCAUGCUGAUGUGCCUUGUACUCCCUUCACCAUGAAGGAGCUUGUGCAGGCUGCUGGUAAAAUUAAGAAGGGGACAUCCUCUGGGGAUGACGGUAUCCCUUAUGAGGCUAUCUACGCCUAUGCGGUUUCGGACCAUGGGCACAAACUUCUUGACCUCUUCAAUCGCUUCCUUUCCGGGACUCUUCCUCUGCCCAGCUCGUGGCGGGAGGGAAAUAUUGUCCUCCUCCCUAAGAUUCCCCAGCCCAAAGGGCCCUCUGAUCUCCGGCCUAUUGCUCUGACGUCCUGUCUGGCUAAGGUGUAUUCGCGCCUCCUCCUUAACCGUCUUGAGGACCGCUUUCCUCCUUUCGACGCCGGACAAUUCGGUGCUCGUAAAGGAGUGCAGACGGUAGAUGGAGUGGCGGCAGCGCACAUGACCAUGCGCCUGGCAGUUUCCCGCUACCGGCUUAGACCUGUCAUUGCGAAACUGGACGUGAAAGCAGCUUUUGAUAGUCUGAGCUUUGACGCUGUUCUAGAGUUUCUUCGACACACGCAGCCAGCACGAGAGGCGUGGCUCCUGUGGGAGCUCUGCGCUGGAUGCCAAGUGAAUAUGAAAUUAGGUGCUAAGGCCUGGUCUGGUACUCGAUUGGUUCUUGGCCCCUUGAUACGCACCUGGGAACAGCGUUGGCCAGAUUGGCGUUUGCCCUUCCUCCUGCUUUAUGCUGAUGAUGUCCUCUUGCUUGCGCCUUCUGCUGCUAGGCUGCAAACGAUGACACAGGAGGUUGUCAACCUGAUGGCCGCUUUAAACUUGCGAGUGAAUGUGGCUAAAUGCUCUGUGCUUGACACGGAAGAGGGGGUUGGCCACGGCAUUUUUCUCCGCGGUCAUUGCGCGCCCCUGAAAACGGAGUCAUCUCUUUUGUACCUGGGUGUACCACUACAGUUUGAUUUUACUCCCAUGACAUGCUUUGGCCGGGCCCUGAGCAGAUGCUCUAACACCUUCUUCGCCAUGCGGAACCUUGUUAAUUCAAGGUUUCUGCCCGCCAUCAAGAAGAUUCAGCUUUUCGACCUGUAUGUGACGUCGCGCUGGCUCUGGUGCAGUGGCCUGAUAUGGCCCACUAAGGUCUCCCUGAGAAGUCUGAAUUGUCACCAAACGACCUUGCUGCUAGGACUCCUAGGGUUCAGGGCUGAUUUCUUUGGAGAGUUCCUGCAUAAUGUUGUGGCCAAAAGACGCGCUGUCAAAUACGUUCUUCACGCGCUCAAGCUUGAGUCAUGGGAUCAGAAAUGGCUCAAGCAAGUCUGGCGCUACUGGGGUCAUGCUGCCAGGAACGCAGUUUCCACGCCUCUCAGGUUUCUGAUGCAUGAGUACGGAAACAUUGGACUUAUGGCAGGCAGGGCUGCGCCAGGAUGGGUCACGAAAAUCAUCCCCCGCAAGCUUCAGCUUGUUUUUGCGGAACUGCGAGAUCCCUGUCACCCGGCCCUGUGGGAAUCUGCGGCUCUCGACCGCCCCUUGUGGCAGAAGUUGCUGAUUCAUGGCGUGAGCACUGGGGAAAGGGCCCCCCCUCAACUGACUUCCUGGGGAGACAACUCCUCAUCGUUGAUGACUCCGAGGCGAUACUGA